AUGGCUUCUGUUAUCACAUCAUCAGAGAAUGAAUCUGAAGAAGAAAAUUCAAGUACAUUUCAAAAUAUCAUGCGUCAUAUAAUGUCUUUUAAAGAUGAUCCUAUAUCUAUUCUACUUAUUCGUCAUCCACCUGUACGUACAAGUAUUGAAGCUUCAAAUCAACGACAAGUUCCUUUACAUAGUGGAGCUAAAGCAAUGCUUGUUUGUCAAAAAAAUACUGAUCAAUUUACAUUAAUUGUUCUUCCAGCUCAUUUAUCAUGUGAUAAUAAAAAGAUAGCUUCUAUUCUUGGUAUAUCACAAUCAAAAUUACGUAUGGCAACUGAAGAUGAAGUACGAAAAAUAACUGGUUGUAUACCAGGUGCUGUUCCGCCAUUUGGUGCUUUAUUUCCACAAUAUGUUAAAACAUUAAUCGAUGAAAAAAUGUCACAAUCAACAUCACAUCCACCACCAUUAACAUUUCAUUCACAAGUAAAAUUAUUUUCAACAAAUGAUUCUGAAUGGCCAAAUGAUUUAUCACAUAUAAUAUUAUCAGAAACUAUUGAUCAAAAUCGAAAUGAUUGUAUUAAUUUUAAUAUAGGUUUAAGAACUAUUUCAUGUUCAAUACCAUUUAAUGAUUUUUUGAAAGUAUUAGGAGAAAAAAAUUAUUUUAUUUGUGAUAUUUCAAAAUAA